GAAAUGGAUAGGGAAGCAGAAAAAUUGAAGCGUGCUUAUCCUGGGCAAGUUAUUUCUGCUAUAAAUUAUCAAGAUGAAAGUGGAAAUCAAAUCAUUCGUUUUACUCCUGAAAAAGAAGUAAUAUUCCCUGUUGGGGUUCCAAUAUAUGAUGAGAAUGGUAAUCAAAUUAUCGGACUAGACAAUAUAAGAGCAGAAAUUGAAAGACGGAGGGAUGAAUGGGCAAGGUGGGAGAGAGAAGGCAGAUUAAAUGAACGAGUUGAAAUUCAUCACACAGACGAUGGCAAAACUGUUCAAAUAAAUCGACAAAGCCAGCAUGGUAUAGGAAAUAGUCAAGAAGUGUCAGGAGAAAAUUCGAAAGUUUUGGCGGAUGAUGGUAAUAAGAACAAAAAGCCCAGAAUAGAGGAAGGGGGAAAUUCAGUUCCCAUGGAAGUUGAUGCUAGGGCGGAAAAUUGUGCAGCAGAACCUAUUAUUAAAUUGCUAACUGAUGAUGAAAUAAAAGUGGCUAGUGAGGAUGAAAUAACUAGUUUGAUUAGACGGUUAAAUGAGGAGUUGAAAAAUAGGAAAGAGAGAAAAACAACUUCGGAAAGCGGUUUUCAGUCGUAUACUACCCAAGACUUAAAAGAUCAAUCGCAAAAAUUAGAGAAUGCUUUCAGUAAAUUUCGAGCCUCCAAUGUUACUGUUAAUGAUGACAAUAAAAAUUCCAAUUUUGGUGGGAUUGUAACGGCGAUUGGUAUGGUUGGCGUCUUAGUAAUUGGUGGUGUAGCAUUCGUAAAAAGAAGCAGUUGUAAUCACAUUUGCUCUGUUUGUAGAAAGAAUACUUUGGCUUCUAUUCAGCCUAACGCUGAUGAUACUGGAUAUUCAUUAAUUAAGCAAAUGGUCGGCGAAGCCCAAAGGAAGGCAAUGAGAACUGGUGAAAGAGGAGAUGUAGAAGUGUCAAGAACGGUCGUUAAUUCUAUGCAAACAAAAGAAAAACCAACCAUAAUCCAAUUAGAUGAAAACCAAUAUAAGCACUUAUUAAUUGCUCUGGGUAAUGUCAUCCGUGAAUUGAAUUCUAUUGCUUUUAAAGUAAAAGAAUUAGAGGGUGCAAUUAACAAAUUGGAAGGUGAAUUAAGGUUAUUGAGAAUUGAGAUGAAAGAGGAAAAAUAA